UGGAGGACCACCACUAGACAACCUCUUAGCUCCGCUGUCAGACAGUGAUGACAUAGAUGAACGUUUGAGGAGCGAUGCAGACUGUGAAGGUGAUGACAAGCAGUCGACAUGUUCUGAAAAGGAGACAUCUCUUAGCAAGAAAAAUUCCUAAAAAACGCAGAUAUCCCACACCUAACGAAUAUUUCAGCUGCUCAAUUUGUGGUAAAAAAUUUGCACAGAAUAGACCCAUGAUUAGACACAUGAAAAUACACACAGGAGAAAAACCUUUUAGUUGCUCAACUUGUGAUAAGACAUUCUCUCAAAAGGAAUAUAUGAACUCCCACAUGAAAAAACACACAGGUCAAACCCCCUUUCGUUGCUCAUUUUGUGGUAAAACAUUCUCUCAAAAGAAGACACUGGAAUCACACAUGAGAACACACACAGGAGAAAAACCCUUUAGUUGCUCAUCGUGUGGUAAAAAUUUUGCUCUUGAGCUUAACAUGGUAAAACACAUGAGAACACACACGGGGGAAAAAUCCUUUCUUUGCUCAACUUGUGGUAAAACCUUUUCUGAAAGGCAUCGUUUGGUAUCACACUUGAGAACACACACAGGAGAAAAACCCUUUAGUUGUUCAACUUGUGGUAAAACCUUUUCUCUAAGGCAUCAUAUGGUAUCACACAUGAAAAUACACACAGGAGAAAAACCGUUUGGUUGCUCAGUUUGUGGUACAACAUGCUCUCGAAAAGGAAAUCUGGAAAUACACAUGAGAACACACACGGGAGAAAAACCCUUUAGUUGUUUAACUUGUGCUAAAACGUUCUCUGCCAAAUCAACCAUGGUAAUACACAUGAGAACACACACAGGAGAAAAGCCCUUCAGUUGCUCUGUGUGUGGAAAAAGAUUCACUCAAAAGGUUAACAUGGUAAUACACAUGCGAUCACACACCGGAAAAAAACCAUUUAGUUGAUCAGUGUGUGGCGAGAUCUAUGCUCAUUUGGUUCAUGAUCUUAAACAUUACAGUGGGGAAACUAUGCAAAAAUAUAAGAAUUUCAGACGGCUUUUUCACGGCACUGUAGCUAUCAAAUACAUAUUUCUGUGGUUGGUGCUCAGAGUCUGUCCCUCUUUCUGCAGUGUCCCUCAAGGGUCAUUCUUAGGGCCAUCCUGUCUGCGCUCUACAUGCUUCCUCUCAGAGAUGUUAAAUUUGAUGUGGUCUCAAACCCCUUGUAUGGAGAUGAUCUACACAUUUGCACUUCGAUUUUAGCGAAGAGCUGUCUCUUCCUUAGACAUUCUCCAAAAGCAGUUAAUGUUAAACUAAACCCAAGCUGCCAAAACUUUCUCUUACUGUAUAUUUUAAAUGCUUUUUAUGUAAACCUACUAUUUAUUCUAAUAAAUAUGUUAAAACAUUCAAUCUUAUUGCUUACGCCGGCUGCCAUGUUUAGGUCUUUCACUCUUGCGAUAGUGCGCAUGUGUGAGAAUGUGAAUCAAUGAAAUAUUUAUUCCCCAAAAAAUUUGAAACAUCAUAUCUACACCCUUAUGGAGGCCGCCAUGGUUUGGUCGUUUCACACUUAAAUUGCCAUCAUAUACUGUUGCCAGCAACAUUAACAGAACACCAUCUCGAAAUCAUGUUCAAUUCCUAAUUUUAAUACACUUUAAAAAUGCUAAUUAAUGACACUUGUCAUUGAUUAAUAUUGUAUAAUGGGGCGCUUACCGGGCGGAUCCACGCUCCGGUUGCUCGACCGGCUGGCUUGGCGGCCGUGUGACAGCCUGUGGGUCACUUUUCAAAGGCAGUUUAAUAGGUGAAAAUAAAUCUGCACACUUACCGUUGAUGCUGACACAGUUGCACUUCUUACCGAAGCAUUACAGCGAUUCAUUUUUAACAAACCGGGCGUAAUCAGAUGUACAGUAUCUAACCUAACUAGUUUCGUUCGUCAGUGCCUAAAAACUAUUCCACUUUGAAUUGUGUGGGACACUGCUGACCCAGUUCAAUUGAGCGCUGUGGCAGCAGGUAAACCUACUGGCGCUUUGCUGUCACUAAUGGUCUUCGGGCCGAUGACAAUGCUGCCAAAGUGGCCACCAACCUUAUGCUGUUAUUGUUGUUGUUAUGCUUUUCUUUUUAUUGUAUUAACACUAAUUGUAGUUUUUUCAUACUUUAAUACUUUUGUGAGUCUUCUCUUUUUGUGAGUCCUCUCUGUGAGAGGUGCUGUUGAUAUAAAAUGUAUUCACUUAUAAGGUCCGGACACCUGUGUCAUUCAAGACUAAUGAUAGAUGAAUGAGAUAUUAUUCUAUUAAUUUUGUUUUCAAAAUGGUCAUGUGUAAAGGGUAUAAAAGCAGUAUAGAACACAUUCACAUUGGACAAUUAAAAAGACAUUGUGAUGUGUUAGGGAAUCAGAGGAGGAAGCGUUUCCCAGCAUGCUUGACUGUUGUUACAAUGAUUACAUUUGGCUGGUAUUGCCUCUUUAAUGUGUUAUUUUAUACAUACAUGGUGUAAUGGUUUAAAUUGUGUCAUUUCUACUCAUGUAGUUAAAUUAUUGCUACUUUUGGUGGUGGUGAAUGUGGCACCCUGAGUUCUAAUCUUGAUGAAAUUAAUUAAUAAGACUCUGGUCACUGACACCAUAAGCUACACCUGUGGUUGUGAUAGUUUAAAAGUAGGUGUCACUGGAAUCUAAAGAGCCUGCCUUUAUUUGCUCAAAUACGUAAAUUGUAAAUCUUUUUUAACACAAGAUGUCUCCA